AUGGAGCACAUAUACUAUAUCUGUGGGACUCAGGUGUAACAUUAGGAGGGACUAUUUGGGAGUCAGGGCAGGUGUGUGGAUGUAGAAAAGGAAAGAGAAGGGCUCGGGACUAUAAUUGAAUUCAGGAAUCCUUGGGCAGAACAAAGAGUUACACUGAGCAUGAAAAUAUCCCACAAUGGAGGAAGACUGAGACUUUAUUGUCCAUGUCGGAAUGGGCCCAAUUUGGAUUUUAUCUGCCAUCAAAGUCUUUGUGUCCUUCCCCAGGAGGCUCCGUAAUGUGUCUCACCCUUUGCUUUACAGUCAAAUGUUUACGUUUCUGCUUAAACACAACAUUAACUGCGGCACAAAGGCCGUUACUGUGAAACUGAGGCAAGUCGGCCACUAAGAGGGACCUGGAAUUGAGCCCAAAAGAAAGGAAAAGUAUCUCCUCUAUAGUGAGGCCGAUGCCACUGACCUGCUAUUGGCUGGGGGGCUGCAGUUUUGCACAGAGAAAAGCCUCCGUUAUCUGGAAUAAUUAUCUGGAGUAAGUGCCCCAUUUUCCCAGUAGGAUAUAAAAGGGGGAGAAGUAGAAGUUACGCCCCGCGGGUUUGCUGGAGAGCAGGUAUUGCCGGGGGAUAUGCGAGCCGAGGGCCACAGGACUGACGGCCACUGACUAUACAGAGUAUUUCCUACAGGGAGCAGGGUGGAAGGAAUGGAUUUCCCACAUUUUCCCUACUGAGAAUCCCAGGGAUUGUUGUGGCCUCUCAUUGGAUUGUUCCAGACACAGACAGAGCUUAGUGUUAUUAUCUGCCUGUAACGUGGAGCGAUGGUGUUUUGGGGUGUCAGUCUGGUGACUCUACUCAUUGCAUCAGCUGCAGCCAAGUGCACCCCCAACAAAGUAGAUGCCAUCAUCGUGCAUUGUUACCCCAGGUCUAUAGUUGCUAAAAUCCCAGAAUGUCCGUACGGAUGGGAGAUCCACCAGCUGGCUAUGGGAGGGGUCUGCUACAAUGGGGUCAUUGAGUCGGGAUAUUACCAGUUCACUAUCCCUGACUUAUCCCCCAGGAACAAGUCCUACUGUGGGACCCAAUCUGAAUUCAAAAACCCAAUCUACCACUUCUACAACUCCAUUGUGUCCAACGACAGCACCCUCAUAGUGAAGAGUCAGCCGGUCAACUACUCGUUCACUUGUUCCUACCAGUCCAAUUACCUGGUUAGCCACGGAGCCUUCGACCAAAGAGUAGCUACAGUUCAUGUGAAGAAUGGCAGCUCGGGAUCCUUUGAAAGUCAACUGUCUCUCAAUUUCUACUCUAACGCCAAGUUUUCUUCCCAGAAGGAAGCUCCGUUUGUAGUGGAAACGUCGGACAUCGGCACGGAUGUGUUUGCUGGAGUGGAAGCCAAAGGGCUCAGCAGCAGAUUUAAAGUGGUUCUGAAUUACUGUUGGGCGACCCCUUCUCCAGAUUAUGCCUAUCACAUUCAGUGGCAGCUGAUCAGCAAAGGGUGCCCCUCAGACAACACAGUGUUGGUACAUGAGAAUGGGAAGGACAGCAGGGCCACGUUCCAGUUCAACGCCUUCCGCUUCCAGAAUGUUCCCAAAUUAUCCAAGGUCUGGCUGCACUGUGAGACCUACAUGUGCGACAGUGAGAAAUUCUCCUGCCCUGUGUUAUGUGGAAAGCGUAAACAGCAAAAUGAACAGAGCGGAGGGGUUUUAGUAGCGGAAUUUAUUCUCCAGAGUUCCGCAUCCAGACACUGCUACAGUCUCUCAGUGACCCUGCUCCAUAUGACGCUGUUGGGAUGGAUCUACAGCCUGAGGGUUUGAAAGGAGACCCCUGAAGUCUCCCUUGAGGGUGAGCGACACUUCUCUGCCCAAUAAGACCAUUAUCUAUGGCCGAUCUCUCACUGCCCUAAGGACAAGUGGAACCAGUUACUCUGUAAUGUGCUCCCUCUCCCUCAGCCGGAAACUCCAUCUCACAAGCCACAUUGUACUCAUUAUUGAGUGAAUACAAGUUAUUAUCAUUGGGUCUCUAUGUGUCUCUUGUUAUGGCGCUCUCCUUUAUAUUUCAGAAUGGUGCAUAAAAAAUGUAAACUGAAUUUUAUCUAAAAAAGUGUGUAAUUUAUUUUUCUUUUGGCUUCUCCAAAACAAGAUUCUGUCAAAAUCACAUGAACUCACGUUCUAUUCUUCUCCCUAUUUCUCUAUCACAUUCUGUGCUUAUUUAUUUCAUUUUUAACUUUUAGUUUAUUACAGGUGGACCUCUUCUAAGCAACUUUUCAGUUGGUCUUUGUUAUUUCAUUUGUAUGGUUCUUGAAUUAUUAGCCUUCAUAUUUUUUAACCUGCUUCUGAAAACAUUAUUGUUAUUCUUCUUUUCCACCAUUAUCCUUUUCUCCUCUACCAUUCAACAUUUUGACUUACAAACCACUGCCUGGUUACUAUUAACUACAUACCAGAUGAACGUCCAGAACAU